AUGUUUAAAUUGAGUCACCCUUUGAGAGCUUCUGCAUCAACAGUGGCAGGACAUACCAAACUAAGUGGUACUUAUGUACGGUACUUUUUCCAAACAUGUGUUAGACAAAACAAUACGCCAAUUGAAACGGUGGAUUUAGUAUACGAUGAGUUUGAAGCACCCAACCUGAACAAAUCACCACUUGUGUUUCUCCAUGGAUUGUUUGGGUCGAAAUCAAACAAUCGGACUGUUGCAAAACAUCUAAGUGAGAGGCUUGAUCGAAAUGUCUAUUGUCUCGACUUACGGAACUUCGGAUCCAGUCCUCAUAACAAGAGAUUAGAUUACCCCAGUCUUGCUGCUGAUGUAGAAAACUGGGUUAUUCAGCGUGACUUCAAGCAAAAGCCAAUCCUUAUCGGACACUCAAUGGGCGCAAAAACAGCAAUGGCUGUUGCAUUGCGUAAACCAAAUAUACCCAGGAUGAUUGUUAGUGUUGAUAACGCACCAAUAACUUUUGGAAAUACAGAUUCCAAAUUCAAUAAAUACAUAAAUCAAUUGCGCCUAAGUUUAGAAAAGUACCAUUAUACGAAUAUCAAGGAUGUUGACGCAAAGUUAGCUGAAGUAGAGCCCAAUAAAGUUGUUCGACAAUUUGUAUUGAUGAAUAUGAAACGAGGUAAAAAAGAUGAACCAGUAACUUCUAAAAUCCCAUUGGAUAUCAUUGGAGAUGCAGUGAGUAAAGGAUUUAUAGCUAGUUGGCCAUAUUCUCCCAAUGAAGUGAGAUGGACAGGACCAGCGCUUUUCAUAAGAGGCAUCGAGUCACAUUAUAUUCCCGAUGAUGUGUUUCCCGAAAUUGCCCAAUUCUUUCCUAAUUUUGAAAUUAGAGAUAUUAAAUGUGGACAUUGGGUGAUAAGUGAAAGGCCAAAUGAGUUUAUGAAUGUUUUGUGUGAGUAUGUAGAGCGUAUAGAGGAUGAGUAG